UGUUUGGCCUCUGUGCAUCAGCUCACAAAUUGUUGUUAAUGGCCACCGAAACACAGUGUUCAAGCCCGACAAAUGCUCCCAUAGAUGACAACAAUGGAUUGCUAUCGGCGACCGUGAUUGCCGGCCUCAAGAACCUGGGCACCACACUAACAGCGGUCAUCAGUAAAACACUAAUUGCCAACUCUCUGAAAUUGACGCUCCAUCCAGAUGCAAUUAUAGCACCAGUGCCCGAAAUUUACGCAACGAACGCAGCCAGCGCCAAACAGAGCGAAUAUGCCGUGGUCACGCUCUACUCCGUCGCCACCAAGCACGGCUGGAGCAGCAUUACGCUGCGGCAGCAGCUGGAAGCACUGGACCUGAAUGCCAGUGCCGUUGAUGAACUAACCCGGGUCUACGAGGACAAUCGAAAGGAUCUCGUACUGCGCCAAUUGCAGUUGGGCCACAAUUUCCCGCACAUCACCGACGUGCAGUGGCGCAUUGUAUGCGACGUGAAGUCCUCGACGUCGGACCGCAGCAGCGGUGCGCCACAUUUCAACAUCAAUUUGGGUCACUAUCGCCAGAGUAGCGGUGAGCGGGUCACCGACGUGGAGUUCGUGUGCAAUGCCGAGGAGCUGCAGUCGCUGGUCAAUCGACUGAAGGACAUCGAACGACACUGUAAUCAAGUGGCCAUCACUUAGAGAAAUAAUUAGCUCAUUCGUAUAUU